UCUUCGGGCGGGACGGGUCGAGACGCGCAGAAAAUAGUCCUCACUCGGUUGACCAGUGGAAGCCGACGAUCGCGCGAGCAAGAAAGAAGGGCGAGAGGGAAAGGAUAGCUUCGUCACGUUUUUUUUUACGUCCUUCGUGCCAAAGAAAUUGACGGUCUUUGCGUUGAUCGAGCUCGUCGAAGAUUAAAAAGUAGCCAAACGCUUAUCGUCGUGAGCUACGUGCUUGUAAAAUUACGACGAUAGGAAGCGCAAGAGCGAUAAUCGAGAAGGCUCGUGGGAUAUCACUACGCCGCACGUUGAGGGGAGAAACGAUAGAGUGUGAGAGAGAGAGAGAGAGAGAGAGAGAGAGAAGGCAAAAGACAAGGAGCAGAAGAGGAGGGGGGACGUCGUCGGGGCAGUUGAUUCGGUAGUGACUACAUGUGGGUAUCCGCCGGUUGCGAUCAGAAAACGUCUCGCGUUAGGACGAUAUCGUAAAGAGUCUCGUGUCGCUAUUGUAACAUAUAUAUAUAUAUAUAUAUACAUACAUAUAUACAUAUAUAUAUAUAUAUAUAUAUAUAUAUCCUGACGAGAGGGUCGAGCGGAAGUUACUAGAAGCCAUGCAGAUGGAUCCAACGACGGUACAAUUGAUUCAGGUCCUCGAGAGGACGGUCUCCUCAGACAAAAAUGAAUUGGAAGCGGCGGAAAAUUUUUUGGAACAGGCGGCACAAUCCAAUUUUCAUGAGUUUGUUCAACGGCUCAGCGGAGUACUGGUUACUGCAACAGCCAGUCCGGUGGCUCGUAUGGCAGCUGGGCUACAAUUAAAAAAUCAACUUACCUCGAAGGAUCAGGCGCUAAAGUAUCAGUACCAGCAACGUUGGUUGGCUAUCCCUGCCGAAACAAGGGAAUAUAUCAAGAAAAAUAUUUUGGGAGCAUUAGGAACUGAAAAUAAUAGGCCGAGCUCUGCAGCACAGUGCGUAGCUUAUGUCGCUGUUGCCGAAUUGCCAGUUGGUCAAUGGAGCAAUUUAAUUCCUCUAUUAGUAAACAAUGUGGUUAAUCCUAAUAGUACGGAAAUGAUGAAAGAAGCUACUUUAGAGACUAUCGGUUACAUUUGUCAAGAAAUAGAAAGCGAAGUCUUGGUAUCGCAGUCUAACCAAAUUCUCACAGCAAUUAUUCAUGGCAUGAAAGGUUCCAGUACGUCCAAUCACGUACGACUUGCAGCUACGAGCGCGCUCUAUAAUUCCUUAGAAUUUACUAAAGGAAAUUUUGAAAUCGAGUCCGAGAGGAACUUUAUUAUGGAAGUAGUGUGCGAAGCGACACAAUCGUCAAAUACGCAAGUUAAAGUAGCGGCUUUACAAUGUCUCGUCAAAAUUAUGUCUUUGUAUUAUCAGUAUAUGGAACUUUACAUGGCACCAGCAUUGUUUCCUAUUACUCUGGAGGCUAUGAAGUCGGAUAUCGACGAGGUUGCACUGCAGGGAAUUGAAUUUUGGUCCAAUGUGUCGGACGAAGAAGUUGAUUUAGCCUUGGAAGAAGGAGAUGCUUCUGAAGUUGGUCGACCACCAUUAAAGGUUUCAAGGCACUACGCGAAAGGUGCUUUACAAUUUUUAGUACCGGUACUCAUGAAAAAAUUAACGAAACAAGAAGAAUUCGAUGACGAGGACGAUUGGAAUCCAUCGAAAGCCGCUGGUGUAUGCUUGAUGCUGCUUUCAACUUGUUGCGAAGAAGCUAUAGUUCCGUUCGUAUUACCAUUCGUCAAGGAUAAUAUCAAGAGUCACGAUUGGAGAUAUCGAGACGCAGCCGUAAUGGCAUUCGGUUCCAUCCUCGGUGGCGUAGAGCCUACCACAUUGAAACCAUUGGUAGAGCAGGCAAUGCAAACGCUCAUCGAGUUGAUGUACGACAGUAGCGUUGUCGUAAGGGACACCGCGGCAUGGACAUUCGGACGUAUUUGCGAGAUCAUUCCAGAAGCUGCCAUUAACGAGACGUAUUUGAAACCUUUAUUGGAAUCUUUGGUAAACGGACUGAAGGCAGAACCUCGCGUCGCUGCGAACGUAUGCUGGGCGUUCACGGGUCUUGCCCAAGCGAGUUACGAUUCGGCCUGCGAGGACGAGCAACAGCCAGAAACUUAUUGUAUGUCGCAAUACUUUGAUUUCAUAAUUCAGAGACUAUUGGAGACUACCGACAGACCGGACGGGGCCCAAGCGAACUUGAGAUCCGCGGCGUACGAAGCACUGAUGGAGAUGGUGAAAAAUUCCCCACGGGAUUGUUACGUUACCGUGCAAAAAACGACGAUGGUCAUUUUGGAAAGAUUGCAACAAGUAUUGCAAAUGGAAACGCACAUACAAAGUCAUUCGGAUCGAGCCCAAUACAACGAUCUUCAAUCAUUGCUAUGCGCCACCCUACAGUCCGUAUUACGUAAGGUAACACCGGAAGACGCGCCGCAGAUAUCGGACGUUAUAAUGACCGCCCUAUUGUCGAUGUUCAAUUCGAACUCUUGCAAAUCCGGUGGCGUCCAGGAGGACGCUCUUAUGGCCGUCUCGACUUUGGUCGAAGUUUUGGGAGAGCGCUUUUUGAAAUAUAUGAACGUAUUUAAGCCUUACCUCUGUCUCGGCCUGAAAAAUCAUGCCGAGUAUCAAGUAUGUUGCGUCGCCGUAGGCCUUACCGGUGAUAUAUGUCGUGCUCUUAAGAGCAAGAUCAUUCCAUAUUGCGACGAGAUAAUGACUCUUCUUUUGGAGAAUUUAGGAAACAACACGGUACAUCGUUCUGUAAAGCCACAAAUAUUUUCGGUCUUUGGCGACAUAGCCCUGAGUAUCGGUAUAGAAUUCAAAAAGUAUUUAGACGUUGUCUUGCAAACGUUGGUACAGGCCUCGCAGGCGAACGUCGAUAGAUCCGAUUACGACAUGGUCGAUUAUCUUAACGAAUUACGCGAGGGCGUAUUGGAGGCUUAUACAGGGAUAGUGCAGGGUUUCCGUGGUGAAUCUACAAACAAUACAUGCCCGGAGGAGAUCGCUUUGGUCGAACCGCAUGUGCCGUACAUCAUUCAAUUUAUUACUUUGAUUGCCCAAGAUCGGGAGCAUUCCGAUGGUAACAUAUCGGCUGCGCUUGGCCUUAUCGGCGAUCUCGUCAGCGUUUUUGGAGCGAAAUUAUUGCCGAUGGUCGACACCGAGCCGCUUAACGAGUUAUUAGUGAAGGGCAAGAAAUCGCGUAACAGCAAAACGAAGACGUUGGCCACUUGGGCCCUUAAGGAGAUACGAAAGGCUAAGAUUACUGCUAACAACACUACGUCCAGUUGCUCUUCCUCGUAUGCAUUUCGUGCCAUCUGUUAUCGCACGAAAGUAGGAGAGAAAGAAUAUGUGUGAGAAAAGAGGGAAUAUGUUCGAGCCUGUGUGUGUGUGUGUGUGUGUGUGUGUGUGUGUGUGUGUAAAAGGGUGGGUGGGUAAGAGGGGGGGGGGAAGACAAAGGGUCAUUCAAGACAAGAUUAGAGCAUCCACGUGCUUUCUACUUUUUCUUCUAGACUCGCACGAUCGCGCCUAGAUCAGCCCACGGUUGUACUGUCGUGCAAUUUGAUUUGACUAGAACGCUAUCAAACAAUACAAAGACAACAAGAUUGGAUGUUGCGGAUGCGAGUUGAUGGAUGUGCGUGAGUUCCGAAGCGAUGAGGAUGGGGUGAUGAGUCUGCACGUGUCCCUGUCUGGCAACGGUAUGCGAGGGUACCGGCGAGGGUAUACAGGGUCGAACACAGCCCAUAUGCUCGACAGAGACAAAUACCUGUCUGCCGGAUACCGACAAUAGAUGAUUAAAAAAUACGAGUGCAAGUGGAUGAUGCCAAAAUGAGUGAGCCAGGGCCGAGGCCUGCUGAGAUGUUCCCGUGAUGCAAGUAUGCCUGAAAAUCGAGUAUGCGGCUUCUAUCCGCGUGAUUGAGACCUCCGUGUGAAGUUGAAUCUGAGAGAGCGAGCGAACGAGAGAGAGAGAAAGAGAGAGAGAGAAAGAGAGAGAGAGAGAGAGAGAGAGAGACAGAGAGAGAGAGAGAGAGAGAGAGCGAGCGAGCGAGCGUACGAGAGAGAGAGAGAGAAAGAGGGCGACUUCGAUGGACGCUGUUACUGGGCGGUGAAAGAGAGUGCGAGAUGUUGUAAGUGAUGAAACACGAGCGAACUGAGAGCGUGCGCGCGAGCGAGCGAGCAAGCAAGCGAGCUAACGAGAGAGAGAGAGAGAGAGAGAGAGAGAGAGAGAGAGAGAGAGAGAGAGAGAGAGAAUACGUGAAAUGGAAUAUGUGAAGUAUGAGUGUGUGUGUGAGAGAGAGAGAUAUGAGAGAGUAUGAGAGCGACAGUGCGAGAGGCUGUGAGAAUUUUAGUCGAAUUAUGUGUAUCCUUGUUUACGCACGUCGCACGACGUUAUACUAUACCCCUUACUCCUGUGGAUUCUUGAUUAAACUCCCACAGUAAGAAUCGUAUCGCGACUCACGCGAGUAAGAGUAAUGCUCAGGAUGCGAGGCGUGUACUUGUUAUUUUAGUAUGUCUGAAAACUUUGCUGUGAGAUCAUGUGAUACAAGGAGUGAAUUAAUCAGCAAGUCUGAACGAGAGCGAGUGUGACGAAGAGAGAACGAGAGACUGAGUUAAACAAAGAAACAAAUAUACAAGAAGAUUCGACAAGCUGCUAACCCCUGAUCCGAUCGUUUUGCGCGUGAAUCCAAUGAUCCGUUGUACGACGAUGUGUAUGUUCAUUUCCCACCCUGAACCCCCCCACCCCCACCCCCACCCCCGUAUGCGAAUGUCUGUUGCUAUUGAUUCAUUAAAAAUUAAUAUUUUGCUGGCAACAAGUGAUUUAGUUGUAUUGUCUAGCCUAAACCGGGAGAAAAAGACGACCGCACUCCAUCUCCGCUUCUGACAUACGUAGUAAAUUAGAGAGACAAAUGGAACAAGUUUUUAUGCGAUCAUAGUACAAUCAUUCACCGAUCGGUUUUUACUUGUCGCAUAUGUAAAACGAUUAAAAAGAGAAGGGGGUACAUUUUCCACUGCCAUCGAAUCUAUUCUCUUACUACUUACUACCGUUUAUUUCUAAACGAGAUUUUUCGACCUUUUCUUUUUUUCUUUUCCUUUCAAAUGCGAGACAUAUCUUUGCAAUGUUUUUCUUUAUCGUUUAUGUAAUUCGCGAACAACAACUACCACUACUAUAACAAUAAAUAUCGUCUUCCUGGAUUCGUGGCUCCUAACGAAAGUGGAGAGUACUCGUUCGAUGUGUGGUAUUAUGAUCGCAUAAAUGUGCGUAGAGGGUAAUUGACAUAGCCCAGUGUCCUUACCUCAAGAAUGUGUAAUCCUUUAGACGAAAUAAAAUCGAGUCUACGUUGAAAAUAACGAUUCGAUUCAGCAUCGAAAUAUCUCGAUCGAUUCUUUCAACGAAAUUGGAAUCUUGAUUCUAGAUGGUGCCUUUUAUCCAACUGGGAUAUUUCAAAUACCGAACGAGUUUCACGAGUCAGAUCGGAACUCUAACGUCGUGUAUCAUCCUCUUUUCCCUCGUUAGAAGUUAUUUCUUCCUUGGAAAACUCGUCGAAUCUUUCCCUUCCCCCCUCCCUUUUUUUCUCUUCGGCAAAUGUAUUUUCGCGCGAUUAGAGAAGAUUCGAGCGCAGGGUAGGUCGCUCAGAAAAGAAAAAAAAGAAAAAAAAAAAGAAAAGAAAACAAAUUAAAUGCCAAAAGAGAAAAGAAAAAGGGCCAAAUUAACGCGCGAUAAAAUCUACGUUUGAUACGCGACUAUGGUUGUGCCAUGCAUUCCAAAUACUAUUGCCGGUGGAAAACCUUUCCUCUUUUUGUUUUUUUUUUUUCUCCAUAUAUUCUACUUGUUUCGCUCUUGUGAUUUUUUUAAAGUCUGCUUCGUACGCUGCGUAGUAGUAUACGUUAGACAUAUCACGCUUUAAUUUUUUCAAGAAAAGCAAGAGAUAAUCUAAAAAAAAAGAAAAUAAAAGAAAAAAUAUUCUUAGAUUCUUCGGUGACGAUCAGAAUCGGAAACGAACGAAAGAGAAAAUUUGUUCGAAUUAGAAUUUUUCAAAAAUUGCGUUGAUAUAAUACGUCUGAUCACGAACCUUUGAAUCGAAUCGAUUGGAAUAUCGAAAUCGAUCGACGCCGAAGUGCAAGUAUUGUUUUUUCUUGAACAUUCCACGUAUCAGUGAGGUAGAGUGAGAAUGAGAGAGAGAGAGAGACAGAGAGAAAGUGUGUUUAGGGAAUAUGAGAGAAAACGUGACGACGUGAGAGAAUUGAAUGGAAGAGAGACUCUUGGAAAGGAAAUUAAGUGAGAAAGUGAGUAAGAAGUGAAGUGUAUGAAAAAUAGAGAGAGAGAGAGAGAGAGAAAGAUACGAUGGUGAGGGCAGAUAGACGUCGUGGGUCUUUUCGUGUUUUUAGCAGAAAACUCGAUCGCUUGCACAUUCUUCCGAUUCGUUAUCAAAAGUCGUGCUUUCAUGUCCAGACGAUAUAUUAAAGAAAAAGAAAAGAAAAGAAAAAAAAACAAAAAAAAAAAAAAAAAAAACAAAAAAAGAAAAAAAAAAACAAAAAAAAAGUAGAAAAAAGUAAAAAAACGACAAAAAAAAAAGAAGAAGAAAAAGCAAAGAAUCGUCACGGGCCUAGAAUCGAAACGCGGGUUGUUGUUCCGUACCGUGCCGUUAUCGAACGUAAACCACAAAGUGAGAAACGCAUAUGCGCGUAUACAUAUACAGAGAGAGAGAGAGAGAGAGAGUGAGAGAGAGAGUGAGAGAGAGAGAGAGGAAGAAACGGCCAAGUGCACGCGUAGCGGUCCCUUUUCGACAUUUACCGCCGAUUAUCGUGUUCUCGUUAUCGACUCGCCGGUGGACGCGCUCUUUCUUCACAUGCACGCGUCAAAAAUAGUUCUGCUCAGACCCGAAAGAAGAAAAUUCAUAUACACUAUAUUUUUUAUAUAUCUAAAGUCAAAUAUUUUUUUCAUAUAUCAUAGGAGAUAUAUAAUAAUAUACAUAUAUUUUUUAUAAUUAACAUCCGUAAUAAUGCGCGUACCUUUCGAUUUGUUGCGAUCGCAAAGAGUCAAAUUUGAAACGUUACAUCCCCGUAUAUUUCCAUUGUUUGAAGGACUAAAGUGAAACGUUAAAAAAGAAAGAAGAGAAAUAUAUAGAAAAUGAUGUUAUCGCGUUUGCGAACCGAAAGACGCGCGUCCACCAGAGUUCGAAGCUGUUUCCAUGUCCUCGAGGCGAUCUACCUUUUCCGUAUUGCGUCGAAACGCGAGAGAUAGAGGGAAAAAGAGAGGGAGAGAGAGAGAGAGAGAGAGAGAGAGAGAGAGAGAGAGAGAGAGAGAGAGAGAGAGAGAGAGAGAGAGAGAUAGGAUGAAAAUGUAAAAUGUAAAAAAAAAAAGAACGAACGUGGAAAAAUGGAUAUCGAAAAUACAAAUACAUACAUCUAUCGUCGUAAACGGUCGGAAGAUGGCCGAGAAUCUUAAGGGUCGGCUGUGCGUCGUAAGAUCGAGUUGCAAAAAAAAAGAAAGAUGGAUGGGGGAACGUAAAAAAGUAAAUAAAAAUACAAAUCUAAACCGCGACUGUGAUUCUUUUGGAGUGACUCUCUUAUGCGAGGGUUCGAUGUUUUGAUCCUGAAGGGGAGCACGGUUCCGAGAAGAAAUUUUGUUCCUCUUCUUUUUUGUUUCGUUGGGCUUCUUUUUUAACGAACGUUGUUACCGAUUAUACUCUUUUUUGCCUUUCGAAAGAUCGAGGGAUACGAAGAGGCGUGUGCGACGAUGACAAUGACAAAGAGAAAAAAAAGAAGAUGAAAAAGAAAGGCUAAAGGAAUCGUGCUCUCGCAUAAACUUGUACGCUAAAAAUGUCUUGUCGACUAUUAGUUGUUAGCCUUUCAUCGUCGAGACUCUUAGAGUGCGUGCGAUGCUUUCAUAGGGUACGUAAGUGAGAGCGUGUAAAUAUAUAGAAGAAAGCGUGUGCAUUACGCUGUAUCAGUGAUGAUGUGCGCUAAUGAAGUAAACGAUUGACAAGGGUGUUGCAGAGAGAGAGAGAGAGAGAGAGAGAGAGAGAGAGAGAGAGAACGAAAGAUAGAGAGAAAGAGAGAGAGAGAGAGAGAGAAAAAGCGCGAAAGAUACAGUAAGAGAGAGAGAGAGAGAGAGAGAGAGAGAGAGAGAGAGAAAGUGGGUACGUUUAUGCGUCGAGUUGUGUUGCGUAUCGUGAGCAAUGAACGAACGAGAGAUGAGCGAGAGAGAAAAAAAAUAAA